AAUAGUCACGAUGGCUUGGAUUACUGCUCAUCGCAGGACAGUGUGUUCAACUUAGAAAUGGAGGUGAUAACUUCUCGUAAAGAUAAAUCAUUAGGAAGGCUCUGUGACAAGUAAGUGUUAUCAUGUCUAUGGUUUUCUAGUACUCCCUAGAGAUUUCAGGGUUCAAUUAGUGAUGAUGAUAAUUUUGUAACCAUUGAAAUUGAAGUAGAAUUUUAGUUCUUUUUAAGCAAUAAUGAAUAUAUUAUAACUCAACUGGUUAUUUUUUUAAUUAAUUGUGAAGAUGGUGUUAUAGUUUUGUUUCUUAUGCUCUCCUCAUACAUGGGUCAAGUUUUAAGAACAGAAACACAUUAAACUUAACCUCAAUCUUAAUAUAAAAUUACAAUUUUUUUAUUUUGUUUAAAAUGAAAUUUGAGAGAAUACUUUGAUGACACUGGGUGACAGGUUUUAAAGUUGAAAAUCUUGCCAAAUCUCUUUGUUAAAUUCGCCAGCUAUAUUAUAAUCUUUUUGUCUGUGUUCGAAUAAAAAGUGCAAUGGAAACCUACAAUUUUAAGGCCAAAACAAAUAUUUUUGCAUCCAUAAGGAAUUUGUAUGUUAUUAAAAAAAUGAGGAUUAUUAUUUUAAAUUAAGUUUUUUUUCAAAUGAUGUGAAUGUUCCAUUUGUUAUCACCAUGUUUUAUAAUACAGGUUCCUCCAAAAAUACCCAGAGCAUCCAGGAAGCAUAAGAAUUGAUAUAUGUUUGGAUGAAGUAGCCAAAGAUCUAUGUAAGUUUUCUUAUAUUGUUAUUUUAUAAAUAUUGUAUUGGUCUGGUAAAUCAUUUACUGUUAGUGUUUAGUCUAUUCCCUCAGUUAUUGCACUCCUGUGGACUAAGUGUUUCAAUGCAAAAAGUAAACAUGUCGAGUGCUGGGUGGCUGACAGGUCCAGACUGAGCAAAUGUCAAGUUGAUGGUCUGGAGUUCAGUCCACAAAGCCCAGUCAAGCAAAAACAUCACCAGCACCCCGGGUGGAUGGAACUCAUUAACCUUGGAUGGCAACUCAUAUAAGAGAAAGAAACUCUGAUUCAAAUCCGGAGAUGCCCGAAGACGGAUACCAUUGGUACAAUGAAACAAUGCGACAACUCCUGCGACACCACUGGUGCCAAGCUGUUGAGAGAGGCAAUUUGCUGUUGGGAACCAGCUUAUAAUCCUAGAAGAAGAAUUCCAGGCCUUGUGGAUUUCAUCCUACGAAGUCUACACCAUAAUUGUGAUGGACGGAUGCCAACAAAAAAAAGUGAAAUAAUAAUAAUAGGAGGUCGUAUAUAGCGCUGUACCCCAGCCUAGGGCUGGGCUCUCCGCGCUGUACAUAAAAUUUUUUAUCAAAAGAAACAUAAUUAUGACAUUAAAAUAAAAUACAUUUAUGAAACAAAGAACAGCAAUGUAUAUUCACCCACACCACCACAUAAAUCUACUUUGUACAAAAAAGGGAAAUCCGGCAGUCAACACUUAUUCAAAAUUUACUAAUUUAGCGAGUAUAUUUAAUUUAUAAUAAAGUAAUCCUUUUGUUGAUUUUCAGCUGUUGAACGGAGGAGAAUCUAUGAUAUUGUUAAUGUUCUUGAAAGUGUGGAGAUUGUAAGCAGAGCUGCGAAAAAUAAAUAUACAUGGCAUGGAAAGACCAACCUCCCUCAUACACUAGUUAAAUUAAAGGUCUGUAACACUCACAACGUCAAAGAAUUUUUUGUUGUACUUGAUUUAUAAAUUUAAAAAAAAAUUGUUUACUUUAAUGUUUUCUAUUUCAUAAAACAAUCUAAUAGCCAAAUGCUAUAUUUAAAAUAAUUUGACUGCUUAAAAUUUUUUUUUAAAGAUACUUGAAAAUGAAAAAUUUUAAUGUCUCUUUACCACCAAGUUCCAGUAUUUCACAAGAGAUUUUGUCCCACUUCUUGGCCAUGUGUCAAUUUUAAACUUAAAGUGUUGGAAAGAUUUUUUUUAAAAAAAUUUUUAAUUACUCAGAAAAAUUCUAUGACAGCAUUGUUAACAGAUUUGAUGGAUAAGGAUGGAACUUGGUUGUUAAGAAUUGUAUUUUUUUUAUUACCAAAUGUUUUACUUUCACACAAAUAACAGAUGUUUUCUUGUUGCUUUAGAUACUAGCAGAACAAGACAAGAUAGCUGAGCAAAUGUUCAAAAUAAAAGAGCAAGAAAUGGCUUGUAAUUUAGAAGAAUAUGUAAGUCUGACGUCUCCAGUGAAGACACCAACUAAAGUAGAAGAUAAAGAGUCUGAAGCAGGGCAGAAUAGUGGACCCAAAGCAGGUUUGAUUUUAUGAUUUUUUCUGUAAAGGAUUCUUCCCAUUUUAUUAUGCAGUAGGUGCAAGAGAUUUACAGAUUCUGGCAUGAAAUAUUAAUCUGCUGUUGAUGCAAGAGAUGGAUGGGAAAUCUCUGGGAGCAGAGUUUAACCAGGCUAAUACAGUGUGGCCCACAAGUGUAAUACACUUUUUAAUGCAAAUGAAAUAAUCAUGUUUGUUUAAUACAUUUUGAAUAUAUUCACUAUCACACUAGAUAUAAAAAAAAAUGUAAUGUUUGUUUUUAUUUGAAUAAGUUUUUAUUGAAUGCAACAGUUUAAAUUUUAUUCAAAGGCUCUAGUACUUUGAAGCAAGUGGGAAAUAAAACUUAGUUCUAUAAAUUUGCUAAAUUUGUCUCCACAGUUAUGCCAAGGAAAGAUAAAUCUCUUGGUAUUAUGAGUCAGAAGUUUCUCAUGCUGUUUCUUGUUUCAAAAGUAAGUGUUCUAUUAUAAUAAAAUUGUUAUUCUUGUUAAAAUGUGUUGUAUUUACCCUCUUUAUGUCAAUACUUUUUGCCGCCUUUACCCCUACGUCUUCAAACACCUCCCUGUCUUCACACCUCCCUGUCUUCACACCUUCCUGACCUUCACACCUUCCUGACCUCACCUUUCCCUAAAAAAUCUUAUCAGCCCAUGUACUCUUCUAAACUGAUUCUCCCUCAUCACUGAUCCAUUGCUACCAUCUCUCAUAAAUUACUUUCUUACCCUCCAUCCCACUCUUUUCCUUCUUUAUGCUCUCCCUUAGAUCCUUUAUGUUAUUAUUAGUGGUCUUAUAUAGCCCGGUACCCUAGGGCUGGGCUCACUGUUAAUGUUUGUUUUUAUGUGCUUAGGUUUUCCGAUUAUUUACUUGUUUUUUGUUUUUUCCAGCCAAAAACAGUCAAUCUUGAACUGUCUGCAAAAAUUUUAAUUGGGGAUGGAACUGUAUUGAAUGUUGAAGCCUCUAAAUUCAAAAGUAAGCUGAAUCUUUACUGUGUGAAUGCCAUCAUUCUUAUAUUUCAUUAACUAUUUAUUUUAACAUACCAUUGAAUUGACCCUUUUAACAUUAAAAGAAUGUUCUGAAAUGUUUUUUCAGCAAAAAUAAGAAGAUUAUAUGAUAUUGCCAAUAUUUUGACAAGCCUGGGCCUUAUUAAAAAGAUUCAUGUGACAGAAAUACGAGGAAGAAAACCUGCGUUCCAGUAUAUUGGUCCGGAUGUGGAUGAUCUUAACGAAUAUGGCAGUAAGUCAAUUUAAUCUGUUGUCACUAAAAUUCAAUAUUUUCAACUCUUCACAGAACAAAUGUUUUUUGUAAAGAAAACCAAAAUAUUCAGUGAUGCUCAUUAAUUUGUUGUUGAAAUACUUUUCAAUGUAUCCAUUCAUUCUGUUAAAUAUAAAACCCUAUGCUUAGCAGUUAUUAUUGUUUUUUAGGGGCACACAUUUUUGAUUUGAAGUUUUAAAAAUGAUUUAAUGUUACUUGAUAGUGUGCUGCAAUGAUGGAUGUCAUAGGCCAAGUUCUCGCCAUUCUCUAUUGGACUGUGUUAGAAAUAAAAAUGGUACGUUAAAUAUAUUUUCAUUAAGCCCUUAGUCUUUCUGCAAAAUAUACUAUUAAUAAUUUUUAAAUAAUUUUAAAAAACAUUUUUUUCUAUUCUGAUGAAUUUAAUAUUACCUUUCCAGUCCAAACGAUUAUGCACGGAUUUCGUCCG